GUCUACAACUUUUUUUUUUCUUCCUAAUCAUCCAGACAGACCAAGAAAUACAGCAGGAUGAAGACAGCUCAGUUUUACAUCCUCUUCUUUUGUUGGAAAGCAAUUUGGUGCAAUGGCUGCAUGCUGACCAACAUCACCAUUUCGGUGGAGAGAGAAGAGUGUGAAUUCUGCAUCAGCAUCAACACCACUUGGUGCUCUGGUUACUGCCAUACACGGGACCUGGUAUAUAAGGACCCGAUCAGACCCAACGUUCAGAAAACAUGUACCUUCAAGGAGUUUGUCUACGAAACCGUGAACCUGCCAGGCUGUGUCAAACAGGCUGACUCCUUGUACUCUUACCCUGUGGCAACUGCAUGUCACUGUGGGUCAUGUGAUACUGACAGCACAGACUGCACUGUCCGAGGACUAGGACCAAGCUACUGCUCUUUUAAUGAAAGGAAAGAAUAAAGCAUCAUCCCACUUCCAGAUA